AUGUUGAGCAUGCACGAGUCCGAGGACUACAAAACUGUGAAGGAAACACAAAAGGAGUAUGAGGACCUUGACUUCUAUUAUGGCGAAGUCAGUGCAUGUGAAGGCGAUAGUCACUCAAGCCGACCGGAUAGCUCAAGACGAAUAGUUGUUAAUUCUCUGCCCCCGCUUCCUCCACCGCUGAAUCCUACACAUCUAGCCAUUCAUAACACAAAGAAGAAACCAUCUCCACGAUGGCGAGUUAUCCUACUCUCGGCAAUAAUAACCAUAGUCUUCCUCAUAUUAGUUAUUGCUAUUAUUCUACUAUUGUUAUUUGGGUCCAGGACAAAUGCGCCCUAUCCACGCAUUUCACGAGAUGAGGUUUCGAACGACGCUCAGUCAUCAAAUUCUCCAAUUCUACCGAAAAAAUACGAAGUGGAUGUCACGCCAAAUCAUUUACUAACGCUUUUGAUUACAAAGAGGAAGAUUUGUCUGUUUGAAGCUAGCACCGGCGAUGAGGAUAGGAGCAGGGAACAAUUCCUGACUGAGCACAUCGAAUCGGCUCAACUGCUUUACCAUUCGAAUCUCAGUCAUUCUGGUGUUCCUGUGCAUCCCCUUCAGUUCCAGAGAUACGUUAGAUCACUUGGCGUAGAUAGCGACUGCCACGUAGUCAUCUACGAUCGAGGCCAAAUGAUCUGGAGCACAUAUGCCGCUUGGGUAUUCAAGCUAUUCGGACAUCAAAAAGUCUCCAUUUUGAGUGGUGGUUUAUUGGUCUGGAAAACUCAAAUGGCACGUUCGGCACAGUAUCACACUGACAGCGGAGAUGAGCCGUCAGCGGGUCAAGGAAACUUCCUCUCAUCGUGGAAUCAAUCGAUGGUGAUUACUUUCGACGAUGUGCUUCUAAAUACUGAACUGCGUAACUAUGACAUUGUUGAUGCUCAAACAAAAGAGGAAUUUUCUGGAGAAGCUUCAGGAGCCCUCUAUGGUCACAUUGAAGGAGCUGUGAACGUACCUGUGGAUACGUUGUACGACUGGAAAUUGAACAAAUGGAGAUCAGCAGCUGAGAUUGAAAGCGCAUUGAAAAACGCUGGACUAACUCAUAGCAAACCAGUGAUUAUCUACUGUUCCACCUCUCUUCGAUCAUCUAUGGUUUGGUGGGUACUGAGGAGACUGAAUUACGACGCUCGAGUUUACUUUGGCGGUUGGCCUGAAUGGGUUGUCCGAGCUCCAGACGAACUGAAAGUUCUUGGAAAGCAUAUUGUGGAGUAA